CAGCAGCUUAAGUAUAUCAGCUAUACGGCAUAUUCCAAGUGGCUUGCACCGACUCAAGCUGGUCAGCUCAACCGACUGGGCCUAGACAUUGAAGUGAUCUAUAGCCAGCAUCUCUUCAAGCCAUACAACUCGGAGAGCGUAGAAGCCGCGUUCCGCGUCGACAGACGACUCAAGUCACUGAUGGGUAGCGGUACACUCGAAUAUGCCGCCCUCAUACAGGACCAGCCUCUCAGCAGUGUGCAAGACGAGUUUAAGGAAAUGCUCUCAAUUGUUUGGCUAAGCGCUCUGCGCAACGGUAAUUGGCGGCAUUUCCUGAAUGCACUAAAGUCGGCAAGCAUAAAUGCUAAAUAUGAUGUUAAUGUCGGUGUCUCCGGGACCCUUAGCCUGCCCACAACGAUAGCCUGCAAUGACAGCCGCCUGCUGUCCGUCGAACUGGACUCCGGGCACACCGUCACGGUGCCGGCUCUCAUCUGGGCACAGGUGCGUGCAGUGGCGCCCAGUGUGAAUGUGACGAACGAGUUCGUAGUGAUUGCCCACAAUUCGCCCUUUUUGAAGGUCAAUGAGCGCAACGGUCUAUGCGAGAGCAUGUGCCACGAGGUGCCUUGGCUGCGGCACAGCCUCUUCAGCAAGCUCCACCAAUAUCCCUUCUAUGGCCUAGCCGAGUGCUGUCACGUUGCGGACGUUCAAGACAAACUUGAUAAUUUUCCCAAGUCCCAGGCAGCGCCACUCCUACCACCACAUAUUACGAAAAUACUAACAGAUCGUUCAUAA